UGAAGGAAAUGAGACAACCUUUUCCUCCCACGGACUCAGUCUUCUCUGGAUUGUGCAGGGCUCGGGGAGUCCCAAGACCGAGUUCACGCGUUCCCAGCUCAGCCCGACUGGGAGAGACGCCCCAAAUUGCUCUCUCUGGGGUGCACGGGUGCCGCAGUCACAGGGCACAGUCCCACUUGCCGCACCCCUCCCUGGGUGAUCUGACCACCCCCCCGCCCCCGACUCAGUCCCCGGAAGUGUGCGCCUGCGGUCCCAGAGAAGGAGAAGAGAGGGAGGGGGCCACGCUGAUCCAGACGUGUCCAGGAGCUCUCCUCCCGAUGCCAUAUGAGGCUGCCCCUCAGCCCCAGCACGGAGCCAGUGGCCGCGGAGCCCUUGGAGAUGGCUUUGCUCAGCAGCGUCCUGGCAGCCUGUUCCUAUAUCUCAGAAAAUCCUGAGCGAGCCGCCCUAUACUUCGUCUCUGGCGUGUGCAUCGGUCUAUUCCUGACCUUGGCCGCCUUGGUGAUGAGGAUCUCCUGCCACACUGACUGCCGGCAGGGUCCCCGGAGGAGGUGCUUGCAGGACCAUGAGAGUAGCAGUGACAGCAGCGACAGCGAGGAUGGCAGCGAGGACACAGCCUCGGACCUGUCGGUGCGCAGACACCGCCGCUUUGAGAGGACUUUGAACAAGAACGUGUUCACCUCUGCAGAGGAGCUGGAGCGCGCACAACGAUUGGAGGAGCGCGAGCGCAUCAUCAGGGAGAUCUGGAUGAACGGGCAGCCCGAGGUGCCUGGCACCAGGAGCCUAAAUCGCUACUACUAGGGCACAGUGUGGACCCCAUAACCUCUGCAGGCCACCAGGAAAGAGAGUGGGUUCUGCAGGCAGGGACGGUUUGUACAAGGGAAGCCAGCUCUGCUAAUGUGUCUGGAGAGAAGCAGAGGCCGGGUUGCUUUCCCAGGGGCACGGAGUUUGCUUUAGACUCUUACCUCUGGAGAGAUAAACAACCCAAGCAGGAGCACCUGCUUUUCUAGACACCAACGUGGGAACACCAGCCCAACCUUUCCAGGUCUGGGAAUGGUGCUGAGACUUCCUCUCCAACCACCGGACAACCAUGUGACAAGCUGAAGGACGUAUGGUCCUUCCUAUUUUCUGAGGCGCUCAGAAGUUUGCAUAGACUUUCCACUGUGUUUCCUUUACAAAAGAAAAAAAAAAAAACUCAUGGCUGGAGAGCUGGGGAUAUCAGGGUGAACUUGACCCAGAAAAUGCAAUGGAAGUGAUUUGAUUGAGAUAGAAUGAUCUAUGCUAAUUAUUUAAAGCUAAUUUUUAAAAUGAAAGAAAUCGUGGCAACCUCUGCAUUUUAACUGACACCUCAGGGAUUAAAAUCCUAUCGUUUAGUCUAGUUCCCACCUCGUUCAUGAAAAUGAAUAGGACUUACUGCAUUAUGAGAUGUAUUGGUGACUUAGGAUAACAUCAAUAACCUCAAAGGAUAAAGGGUUUAAUUUUUAGUUGUUUAUAAGAUAUGUAUUGACAAGCGUAUUUGAAAAUGCUGCAUAAAAACAAGCCAUGCGUCCUUCCAUUUUGGAAAGAAGAAAAGUCUUCACGACUUCAGAGACUCUUGCUAUUUAAAUAAUAUUUUGUUUUUUAAAAGCAGUUUGGAUUUCCAAGAAAAGAAUGGAAACCAGAGGUGAGGAUGAAAGCCAAAAUUAAAAUGGUAUCGAAAAUAAACAUUCCAU